GGCACUGAUAUGCAGCAAUGAUGGGCACUGAUAGGCAGCACUAAUGGUCAUUCUAGUACAUAAUGUGUGGGAUCCUUGGCAGGGGCGGACUGACAACUCAUGGGGCCCCCUGGGCAAUAAGUGAUCAUGGGGCCCCUGUGUCCUUGCCCAAACUCAAAAAAGCCUAUGAAAAAGGUACCAGGGGCAUCUCAUGGGGCCCCCUACUGACCCCGGGCCCUCAGGCAGUGCCCGAGUUUCCAAAUGGUCAGCCCGCCCCU